UAGAAGCGAAAUUUUUCGUGAAUCAUUUGUGCCUUGGUGUCAACAGUUUUAAACGUGUAUUUUUUGUUUGUUUUUGGGAUAUACAUAUAUGAUAAAAUAAACUGAAUGGUUUUCAAGAAAAUAAAAAUGAAGAAAAAAAUAAUUCUGCUAAGUCUAACUACCCUUCUAAUAAAUUGUACCUCAAUUCACGGGGCAACUUGGGAAUUUGUUCCAAACGAUAUGGACGAUCGAGUUUCGUUGAACAAUGAAGGCGAGGUCCCGAUAAUUUAUAUGGAUGAAGAAAUUAAAGAAUAUAUAACAAUCGCUUAUAUGACAUAUACAGGACCUGAACCACCCACAGCAAGUUUUCAAUCACCACCUAGGGGCAACACCACUCUGGGAUUGGUUUUCGUGCAAAAUUCUACGUAUAACAAUUACUGGGCUUUAGUGGUUACAGAAAAACAAGAUUAUGAAUCGUCCAUGUGGGACACUAAUCCAAGAUACUUAUUUACGGUUGCUGCUGACGAUUAUUCUUUAUCGCCAGUUUUAAUUAUUAAUAAUAUCGACGAUAAUCCACCAGUUCUGGAAACGGCAACUGACACGACAUGUUCAAUUCCUGAAAAUUAUAUCGGACCCUCCAACUGUACGUUUACCAUAUCAGAUUUAGACGGAUGGAUUAAUUACAUGACGUAUGAAAUAGUUGGAACGUUCAAUGAAGAAAACUUGUUUGCGUUUAGAUUAGAAGAUGAGAGCUCGAUUACCAAUACUACAUACAAAGCAACGUUAAUUCUCCACACAAUUGACGAAUUAGAUUUCGAAACUAGAUCAAUUUAUUUUUUCGAUCUAAUUGCUAGGGAUUCAGGGAACAAUACAGGUAGAUUAAAAAUUUACGUAGAGGUCGAAGACAUGCCCGAUAUGCCACCUGUUUGGACAUCAGUCUUCGCUUCACUACAAUUUGAUGAGAAAACUGAACAAACAUAUUCUGUAAAUGCCAUUGAUGGAGACAUUGGCUUGAACUGGGAAAUAAAUUACUGGUUAACUACUUCAAAUUCCGAAUGGGAAGGAUUUUUUGAAAUCGAAAACAAAACUGGCGUUAUAACUAUCAAUCCCAUUGACAGAGAUGCUUUAGACAAUUCCAUAUACUAUUUCACCAUCUUCGCUUAUGAAGUCCCAGAUCCAACUUGGAUGAUCAAUCAGUCAGUUACAGUCAUAGUUAAUGAUGUUAACGAUAAUAUACCUGUUAUCACAAUGAGCCCAUUAUCAGUAUCAAUUGAGGAAAACAAAACUCUGUCGCUCCCAAUUAAUAUCACCAUUAAUGAUAUUGACACGGGUAACAACGCCGUAUAUAGGGUCCAACUUCUUGAUGAUACCAAUAACGGCUAUAACGAAGCUUUUCAAAUUGUUCCCAAUCAAGGAUACAAAGAAUGGACAUUCUAUCUUUCUGUGUCCGACAGUUCUUUGUUGGAUUACGAAAAUGAAGCAUGGCAAGAGCUAACAUUCCAGGUUCGUUCUUUAGAAAUUCAAAAUCAAUCCCACAUCGAUAUUAAGACAGUAAACGUGUCACUGAUUAACUGGAAUGACGAGUAUCCGAUAUUUGAGUCUUCAGAAUAUGAAGUAACCAUUAACGAAACUUUAGGGAUAAACGAAGUAGUUGCUGUUGUUUUCGCAACAGACAGGGAUAUUGGGGAUACCGUCACUCAUUCGUUGUUAGGAACAGCCAUGAACAGGGUAAUGAGUAUUGACCCGGAAACAGGUGAAAUAAGAACAACGGUUGAUCGCGCUUUUGAUUAUGAAACUUCAAACGAAGUCAUAAUUCAAGUUAAAGCAGAAGAUUCAAUGAAUGACACUCAUCAUUCCGUGGUUGCACAGCUUACCGUUACAGUACUCGAUGUCAACGACAAAACUCCAACUAUCAGUGUGCCAUCGACUGUAAUAUCUGUUGAGGAAAAUCAAAAUGAUGGAUUUGUAAUCAGCGAUGGUAUUACAGCAGCUGAUCCCGAUUCUACGGCAAAUCUGGUGUUUAGCAUUGAAUGGGACUCGCCAACAACUUACGCUACCAAAUACGGACAACGCGUUGAUUCGCAGUAUUACCUAAAUUCGGUGUUAGUGGAAACUAAGAAUAUAAGUGAAGGCCCAGGAGGUUACGCGAGAGCCGUGUUAACCGUCAACGAAAUCAUUGCAAAUAAUACACCUGAUUAUGAACGUUUCGACACACUGUUUCUCACAUUGAAAGUAGAAGAUUUAAACCAAGAAGUUAAUGAUGGAACUGCCACUGUGGUAUUUUCUAUAUCUAUUAUCGACUUAAAUGAUAAUGCACCAAUAUUUACCAAUUCCUCUAUAACUGCAAAUAACAGCGUGGUAGAAAAUGCCCUAGCUGGGACCAUUAUAGGUACCAUAACUGCUACCGAUGCUGAUGGUGUUAAUUACAAUGUGGUAUCAUAUUCUUUAAGAUCUGCUGAUGAUGAAACGCCAGAUGAUUGGGUUCUAAUCGAUAACAAUACUGGACAACUAACGGUUAAAAGUAGUAAUACAAUUGAUGCAGAUAUCCCAAUUUACUAUUUGAAUUAUAUUGUCGAAGCAACGGACGGAUAUUGGAUAACUGAAGCAGAAAUAAGCAUUUUUAUUAUCGACACAAAUGAUAAUACGCCUAUUAUACAAUCAAACCUUUCAAAACCAUUUGAAAUUUAUGAAAAAUCUGAAGAUAACACAAGCGUUACUUUAAUUGAAGUUACUGAUGCAGAUCGAGAUAGUCCUUACAACGAAGUUUAUUUUACACUAAGUUCCGAAAAUGAAGAAGUAUAUCAACUGUUCACCUUUGAUCCAUUAUCAGGUCUUUUCUAUGUGCGCAAACGUUCAAAUUACGAACUCGAUAGAGAUUUUGGGACACAAUCUUUUGCAAUUGCAUUUACAGUUACUGACAACUAUUUUGGCACAGGAAUUUCUCAUGCCGUAAACUCCAACUUCCAAGUAAAUCUUUUGGAUAUCAACGAUCAAAUUCCAAAAAUAACUAAUACUUCAGUAACAACUUCGGAAAACGUACUCAAGGGCGAUUGUAUAGGAAAUUUGAUAGCUUACGAUUAUGACGAAGAAGGUACUGAUAAUACCAAAAUAGCCUUUACUAUUAUGGAUAUUUCCAAAAGAAGCGAUGCUAUUUCUAAUCCUCCUGAAGACAUGUUCACUGUAACGACCGAUGAGAAUUUCGAAACCCAAAUUGCAUCCGUUUGUACAAAUUACGAUUUAAAGGGACACUUUGGAACUUACGAAGUGUUAAUCCAGACACACGAUUUUGGAACGUUUCCUUCUGCUCAAUAUUAUAACCAAACUUUAGAUUUCCUAAUCGAAAAGUACAAUUUCGAAGCUCCUACAAUUAUUUAUCCGCAAAACAGAAGCAUCAUUUACUUAUCGAAGACUCAAACAUCAUAUGCCCAAUUAUACCUCUAUAAUAGGGAAACAUUGGAUCCUUUUUCGGCUACAGAUAAUCAAGGCGAAAAAUGGGAUAUUCAAUUUUCCAUAGUAAAGGAACAAACCUCCAGUGGUGAAGAAACUUCGUUUUUCGCCUUCCAACAAACAGCAGUUAGUAAUGCUCGACUCGUCCUUACGAGUACUCCAGAUUACAAUAGCGAAUAUGAACUGUCAAUCAUGGCCAAUUGUAACUGUUCAGGGGACGAACCGUUCACUUCAAACAUUAACAUUAACAUUAGAUUUCACGACCUUUCGGCAGAACCGAUUUUUUCACAGUCAACUCAAAAUUUAUCGUUCUACGAAAACACUACCGGUUUGAACACCACCGAAAUCAUUGCUCCAGCUUAUUGGAAUGCCGAUGGGAACGCGUGGGACGAAUUCCCCAUUUAUUACCUAAUCGAAACUGAUAGUACGGGUGAUUGUUUCGUACUAGAUUCAGUUACUCGGGAACUUACCCUCGUAAAAAUGUUGGACCGGGAAGAGAUAGAUUCUCAUACACUAACAGUGCAAGCUUCUCAAAGUUCGAAAGGUACAGCGUCACCCAGCCCUUCUGCGCGUUUGACAAUUUUCAUAGAGGUAUUGGACGUUAAUGAUAAUCCACCACAUUUCAACAGUUCCCGAUAUUUUGGAGGUGUAACAACGUCGACUACAAUUGGAAGUAGAAUAUUAACAUUGGAGGCCUACGAUUUGGAUAUAGAUGUACUCACAUUUUCAAUAGAUGAAGAAUCAUUAGAAAUAUCUGACUCAAGUCUACGGGGUAUUAAUAACCCUUUCAUAGUAAAUGGAACUACGGGAGAUAUUACCCUCAAUUUUCAAGUUUUAGCAAGUAUGCUCGGACAUUUUACUUUCCAAGCGAUUGUUACAGAUUUAGCAAAUCAUACUGAUGAAACGUCUGUUAAAAUUUACAUCGCUUCCGAAUCUAACAGGGUAAGAUUCACAUUUGAAGCCAGCCAGUCUACUGUUAGAGCAAGAUAUAGUACCAUCAUAUCCGUUUUGGAAGAUAUUUUGCAUUACGUGGCCAACAUAGAAUCUAUUCAACCAAGUACAGACAACAGCGGUAACACACUAACAGAUCAAACAGACGUUAUCACCCACUUUAUAGACGAAGAAAACAACGAAGUCGUAGAUGCGAGCACAAUACAAUCGUACGUAAUAAUUAAUAAAACCAAUAUUUGUUUCCCGAAUAAAUAUUAAUACUUAAAUCUAAUC